AUGAGCGACUCAGCGAAAUUGAUCUUGUUAGGUACACACGCGACUUCAAUCCAUUCGGUGAUCUUUGAUCCGAAAGCUCGUACGCUCACGAGAGGAAUCAGCACGAACGAUUUACCCGCUCAACCAAGUUGGCUGAUCAGACAUCCAAAACAUCCCGAGCUCAUCUUCUCCAAUGGAUGGGUAGAUAAUAAAUUGAUUAUCUAUCGAUUGAAGAGCUCAGAAGGGAACCUAGAAAAGGUAGCAGAAGCCAAUACGGGCGGUGAAGGUCCCACGCAUUUUGCAAUCUUGCCAGAUGGGUCUGAAAUCGUUGUAGCCCAUUAUCGAAGUGGAAGCGUUACUGUGCUGCCUCUCAAAGACAAUGGGCUAUUCGCGGCCUCCUCACCUACACAAGAUAGGAUAUACAAGGGUAACUACUCGCCGAAGAAACACUGGAGACAGGAAGCCGCGCAUAUGCAUCAGGUCGUAGUGCACAACGGGGAGAUUUUGAUUCCGGAUCUUGGUUCAAAUAAGGUGUAUAGGUUCAAAUGGGAUUCCGAAACUAAGGAGUUGAACUUGUUGGAUGAGAUUGAAGAUGGGUUUCAAGAUGGCGAUGGACCGAGACAUCUGGUGGUGCAUCCCAGCGGAUCGCACUUGUACGUCUUAAAUGAAGUUGCUGGUGCUUUGACUGUCCAUACCCUGCCAGCUUCUGGACCUUCCAGAUUAGUCAAGCGAUACACAAUGCUCCCACCCAAUGACGAUGGAAGGAGAAGAGAGACGGGAGGUGCUGAGAUCGUCCUCUUGCCACCUACCAAACCGGAUGGUCGAAUGCUUCUCAUCGCAUCCAAUAGGGACUCACCCAACGACGAAGAUACCUUGGCUUUGUUCUCUGUCUCUCAAACUGAUGGUGGAGAUGUGAUUAGAACCAAUGAAGGUUGGCUAGGUGGAGUAGGCAAACAUCUCAGGGCUGUCGAGCAAGAUCCCUCUGGAAGAUAUGUGCUGGUGGCGGCUAGAGAUACAGGUAGAAUAGUGGUAUUUGAGAGAUCAGGGGACGAUGGAUUACAAUUGAGUGAGGUGGCUAGAUUGGAAGGUGUAGAGUCGGUCGUAGUGCCCUUAUGGAUAUAA